AUGGGUGAAAACGAUGAUGAAAAAUUCAGUCAUGCUGGCCAGAUAUUUGAAAACUUUGUACAAGCAUCAACGUGCAAAGGUACUAUUCAGGCCUUUAAUAUUCUCACUCGCCAACUUGAAUUGGAUCCUUUGGACAAUAGAAACUUUUACACCAAACUAAAGUCAAGAGUGACCACGUGGAAGGCCAAAGCUUUAUGGAACAAGCUUGAUAAAAGAGCAAGUCACAAAGAGUAUAAACGUGGAAAAUCUUGUAUGAACACUAAGUGUUUAAUUAUUGGAGGUGGCCCAUGUGGCUUGCGGACUGCCAUAGAACUUGCCUUCCUGGGAGCCAAAGUCGUCGUUGUGGAGAAGCGGGACACUUUUUCAAGAAACAAUGUGUUGCAUCUCUGGCCGUUUACAAUCCAUGACCUCCGGGGACUGGGAGCAAAGAAAUUUUAUGGAAAAUUCUGUGCAGGAUCUAUUGAUCACAUCAGUAUUCGACAACUUCAGCUUAUCCUCUUCAAAGUUGCACUUAUACUAGGAGUUGAAAUCCAUGUGAAUCUAGAAUUCGUGAAAGUUCUGGAGCCUCCUGAAGAUCAAGAAAACCAAAAGAUAGGUUGGAGGGCUGAAUUUCUCCCUGUGGAUCACCCUUUGUCAGAGUAUGAGUUUGAUGUUAUUAUUGGUGCAGAUGGCCGCAGGAACACAUUAGAAGGUUUCAGGAGGAAGGAGUUUCGUGGAAAGCUGGCUAUAGCUAUCACUGCCAAUUUUAUAAACAGAAAUACAACUGCAGAAGCCAAGGUAGAAGAAAUUAGUGGUGUUGCUUUCAUCUUCAAUCAGAAGUUCUUCCAGGACCUUAAAGAGGAAACGGGGAUUGACCUGGAGAAUAUUGUUUACUAUAAAGAUAGUACUCAUUAUUUUGUGAUGACAGCAAAAAAGCAGAGUCUUCUGGACAAAGGAGUGAUUAUUAAUGACUAUAUUGAUACUGAGAUGCUCCUCUGUGGGGAGAAUGUGAACCAGAGCAAUUUGCUGUCCUACGCCAGAGAAGCUGCUGAUUUUGCAACCAAUUACCAGCUGCCUUCCUUGGAUUUUGCCAUUAAUCAUUAUGGGCAACCAGAUGUAGCAAUGUUUGAUUUUACUUCCAUGUAUGCAUCUGAAAACGCUGCACUAGUGAGAGAGAGGCACAGACAUCAGCUCCUGGUGGCGCUUGUUGGCGAUAGUUUGCUUGAGCCCUUCUGGCCAAUGGGUACCGGCUGUGCAAGAGGCUUCUUAGCUGCUUUUGAUACUGCGUGGAUGGUGCGGAGCUGGGCUCAAGGAAAGCCCCCAUUAGAAAUUCUUGCUGAACGAGAGAGCAUUUAUCGACUCUUGCCUCAGACUACCCCUGAAAAUAUUAACAAGAACUUUGACCAGUAUACCAUUGACCCAGGAACAAGAUACCCGAACUUGAACUCAAGCUGCGUUCGACCUCACCAGGUGAGACAAUUAUAUGUUACCAAUGAGUUACAACAAUGUCCUCUUGAAAGAGUAAGCUCCAUUAGAAGAUCAGUGAAUCUCUCAAGACAUGAGUCAGAUAUUCGACCUAACAAGCUUUUGACCUGGUGUCAGAAACAGACAGAAGGGUACCGUAAUGUUAAUGUCACGGACCUGACUACCUCCUGGAAAAGUGGCCUUGCAUUGUGUGCAAUUAUCCAUCGCUUCAGACCUGACCUCAUUGACUUCGAUGCUCUGAAUGAAGAGGACGUUGUCAAAAACAACCAGCUGGCGUUCGACGUUGCUGAGCAGGAGUUUGGGAUCCCCCCUGUGACCACGGGGAAGGAGGUGGGGUCGGCCGGGGAGCCCGACAAGCUCAGCAUGGUUAUGUACCUCUCCAAGUUUUACGAACUGUUCAGGGGCACACCUCUGCAGGCAGUAGAUGCUGGUGACAAGCAAAAUGGAGAAAAUAAUGAUCUUUGUUCAUCAAAAUCAUCGAACUUCAUCUUUAACAAUUACAUCAAUUUAACUUUGCCAAGAAAACGAGUACCAAAGGUUGAAGGGAAAACAGAAGAAAACGAGGCUAACAAAAAACGUCGAAAAGGUCUUUUUGGUGUCUUCGAGGAGGUUUCGGGCUUUUCAAGCCAAGGGACAAAUGCUGGGAAAGAACAGAGUGAUGGCAGAGAAGGAACGAACCAGAAUAAAGUUAAAUCAAUGGCAACUCAACUGUUGGCAAAGUUUGAAGAGAAUGCUCCAAAUACAAUUUUUCGGAGGCAGGAGCCAAUAGAUAGACCAGCCCUGCUCUCUUCUGACCCUCCUGUUAAUCCUCGCUUUGCUAAACCUAAGGAUCUGAGUCUUCUUCCACCUCAGCCAAAAAGGCAGUUUCAGGUGGUAGCUAGGAGUGAACACGAGGUCAGGGAACCCAAACAGUCUUUAAGUGGUUCUGAUCAUAUGGCCAGGAGAGCAAAGACUGUACAAAAACCAGAUACCGAGCCCAGUCUGUCAGGAACCUCUGAAAAUCUCGCAUCUGCCUGUUCUGCUGCAUUUGUACUUUCUGGAGUGCUUGAGCGGCUUCAGCACCUGGAGGAAAAAAUGAAACAGAAAAGAGCUCAGAACAUAGCAAAUAGGGAAUUCCAUAAAAAGAACAUUAAAGAGAAAGCAGCACACCUUGCCUCAAUGUUUGGAUACAUGGAGUUCCCAAAGAAUAAGCUACCUACUAAAGGCUUAUCCCAUUCUCAGCCCCCAACUCCCUCUUGUCCUCUACCUCAUGAUUCAGCUGCUGCCUCUUCUCCAUCAUCUGUCGGUUCAGCUUCCCCUGCUGUUCCUUCUAGACAGAUGACUGUAGGAAAGGUCUCGCGUGCAAUUGGAGCUGUGGCUGAAGUUCUUGUCAAUCUGUAUGUGAAUGAUCACAGACCCAAGCCACAGCUUCCCCCCCUUGAACUGAAUCGGUCUGUGGACAGAGCUGCAGGUUCUUGCCCCAUUCCUCAUUCAUCUCCUGCCUCCACUGCGCAGAGCUGUCAGGUAUUGGGAAGCAAAGGAUCUCUGCGAAAAGAAUUUCCUCAGUCUAUUGGGGGGAGUGACAUUUGUUAUUUCUGCAAAAAACGGGUAUAUGUUAUGGAGCGGCUGAGUGCAGAAGGCCACUUCUUUCACAGAGAGUGCUUCAAGUGUGAAAUAUGUUCUACAACACUCCGUUUAGGAAUUUAUGCCUUUGAUGUUGAAGAAGGUAAAUUUUACUGUAAACCUCAUUUUACACACUGCAAAAUCAGUAGCAAACAUAGAAAGAGAAGAGCAACGUUACCGCUCCAGGGGAAGGAGGCAACAGAAGCAUGGAAGAAAGAGGAACCCAAACCCUCAGAGACCACCACAGAAAGCACUUUGUCUACUGCUAGCAGUCCAGAGGACAGGUCUCCAGUCCAAUUCAUCAUUCCGGUGCUGCACCCGCUCACUGGCUGAAGCCUUUCUGCUCUCAGAGUCUUCCUAGCUCUUCCUGGCCAGUGAGGAUUCUGUCCUUCUCCUCCUAAAUCUUCUGUCUUCAUUUGACUUUGUAAUCUUAACUGAAUAUUUUUAUUAAAUAGUUUUUAACGCUGUAUUUAAAUUUUCACAUGGAAAUUCUGUAUUUUGCACACAGUGAAAAUUGUUUUAGCUUUAUUUAUGAUAUCUGCUGUAAACAAAAAUA